AUGGGAUCAUCAACCACUACCUCUUCUGCCCGUCUACAGAACGACUUCGGGGCCGAUCUAUGGGUGAAGAACACCCCUAAGCGGCACCCCACAGCCGGCCGUGGCCUCUUCGCCGGCCUUCAAGACAUGAAAAGCUAUAAUGUCGAGUCCGGAUGGGCAAAGCGCAGUGCCGCAGAAAACCAGGGAUUCUUUGCAAGCAUAUUGAGUCGGUUUGUGGGUGGAUCGUACAAGCCUCCUACCGAUUGA